GCCUUCAAUAAGUGAGUGUUUGUGUCAACAAGAAAGAUAAGUGGCUCACUAGAACUGAGUGACUAAUCUGAGAUUUUAGCAGAGCCAUGGCGACUGCCAUUGUUACUCCUUCAGCAUUAUCUCCUCUUCCUUCCUCAAUCUCCAGCGCUCCCCAAUACUCUUUCUCUGUUCGCAGCUCAAUCUGGCCUAAAAACAUUUUAUAUUCUCCACUCCGCUGUAGCAGCCAUGCCUCAUUCUCACCAAAAAGCCAAGACGGUCCAUUUGACCGUGAUCUCCGGUCCGUACUCGAACUCGCUACUGACUCAGAGUUGUAUGAACUCGAAAAUAUCCUCUUCGGUCCCAGUCACUUUAGCCCGUUACUAAAAUCAAUAGCGAGUAAAAGAGCGGAAAUUGAUUAUGCAAUGAUGGACCAAGACAUGGAAGAACGAGAAGAUAUGAUAUCAUGUCUUGAGUCAAGGUUUUUUUUCCUUGCUGCCGAUGCCAGGUCCACUUUGAGGGGUUGGAGGCCUACGUAUAGAAACGUGUUGCUUACAGUUAGGAAGAAGUUGAGCAUUGGUUGCUCCAGUAAAUUGUCGACGGAAGACCUAGAAGCCGAGAUUUUCCUUCAUCUGCUUGAGGAAUACGCGAGUGAACAAUCAGGAACUUUUCCAGGCUUAUGGGAAUUAUCUAAGACCUCAGAUGAUCAAGGUAGUCUAGGAAUCGGACUUAGUCAAGAGAAGGUACAAGCCCUCGCUGCACAGAAACUCGGUGCUGCAGAUCUCCAGUCAAUCAUUCUGAAGGGUGGCGGUGUGUUUACAUUGACAAGAAUUUAUCAAUGGUUAGCUAAAAAGUUAACAGGGAAGGUUUUUCUAGAAGCUGCAAACUAUCAAAUAAAAAAGGAAAUCAUCAAGAAGGGUGGACAAUUGGCUGCCAUUAAUUUGGAGUCCAGAGCUGCCUUACUUGUGGCAAAGCAGGGUUUUGUUGGAGCUGCGUCAAGAUACCUGGGUUUGAGGAGCAUGAUGUCAUUGCUUGGUCCAAUGUUGUGGGGCACAUUUCUGGCAGAUGUAGUCAUUCAAAUGCUUGGAACUGAUUAUGCUAGAAUCUUGCGAGCAAUUUAUGCAUUUGCUCAGAUUCGCAUCACCCGUACAUGUAGGUUGCCCUGUGAUAAUGAUUGAAAGGAGAUGAUUGUGUUAAACCUUUUUUCAAUGCGACAAAGAGCUUGCAAGGGUUCUUGUUCUGGACGACUUGAAUGUACAUGGUAUCCCCUGUCCCCUCUUGCCUACUGUAUAUAUUAUUCUGGAAUUGAGUUGCGAUUUGCUUCUAUGCUAAUUAAGUUUGAACUAUAACUGUUUUGGAAGUUGAAAUAUUAGACACUUCGGUGCAAAGAAUUUUGCUUUCUUGGACGGGGAUUAUUAUUUGCAAUGGCAUCAAGGAUAUUGCUAAUCAA